GGGAAAAAAAAGAGUCCUACCAAACAGUUAGAACUUCACAAUAUAUAAGGAAUGGCAAUGAUGAAAGAGAAUAUUAUUGAAGUGAGCCUUGGAAGGAGGCAAAUGUCUAUGACAGAAGGUGAGUUCCAAGGAACACGGAGCGUCAAGAGACGACGAAGAGAGGUUGCUGCAGCCGCAGGCAGUGGUGAUGAUAACCACCAACAGCAGUUACCACAACAAGAAGUUGGUGAAAAUACUACAGUCAACACUACAAAGAGAAGCUCAAGAUUUCGCGGUGUUAGCAGACAUAGAUGGACGGGUCGAUAUGAAGCUCACUUGUGGGACAAGCUUUCUUGGAACAUAACACAAAAGAAGAAAGGGAAGCAAGUAUACCUUGGGGCUUAUGAUGAAGAAGAAUCUGCUGCCAGAGCAUAUGAUUUAGCUGCACUUAAGUAUUGGGGAACUUCAACUUUCACAAAUUUUCCAAUAUCAGAUUAUGAGAAAGAGAUACAAAUAAUGCAGACUAUGACCAAAGAGGAGUAUUUGGCCACUUUAAGGAGAAAGAGCAGUGGCUUUUCAAGAGGUGUAUCAAAGUAUAGGGGUGUUGCGAGGCACCACCACAAUGGUAGAUGGGAAGCAAGAAUAGGAAGGGUUUUUGGAAACAAAUAUCUCUACCUUGGAACCUACAGCACCCAAGAGGAAGCUGCGCGUGCUUAUGACAUAGCAGCCAUUGAGUACAGAGGAAUUCAUGCUGUAACAAACUUUGAUUUGAGCACUUACAUAAAAUGGUUAAAGCCUUCAGGAGGAGGCACCCUAGAAGCAAAUCUUGAAUCACAUGCAGCACUAGAGCAUCAAAAGGUGGCAUCCCCAUCUAAUUAUGCUCUAACAGAAGAGUCUAAGUCUUUGGCCCUUCACAACAGUUUUUUCAGUCCAUAUUCUCUGGAUUCCCCUGUAAAGCAUGAAAGAUUUGGAAACAAAACCUACCAAUUCUCAAGCAAUAAGUCAUCUUCUCCCACUGCACUUGGUCUCCUUCUCCGCUCUUCGUUAUUUAGGGAAUUAGUUGAAAAGAAUUCAAAUGUUUCUGGAGAAGAAGAUGAUGGGGAAGCCACAAAGGAUCAACAGACACAAAUAGCUACUGAUGAUGAUCUGGGUGGAAUCUUCUUCGAUAGCUUUAGUGAUAUUCCAUUUGUGUGUGACCCCAAUAGAUACGACUUGGAAUUGCAAGAAAGAGACCUGCACUCAAUAUUUUGAACAUAGAUUGUGUAGAUUUUGCACUCAAUUUGUCUUGAUCUCAGUUGCUUCCAGUUUUUGGACAAGAGAAUAAUGAUUAUUGUUAAAAGAACAGGCUUGAUAGCGGGAAAAUGUACAUGGAUAUGUUUCAAAAUAGGUUUUAAAUUAUGGUUUUGGUUGUUGCUGCAUAAGGGUGAAGGUUGAAGGCUGAUGCAGGUCACUUGCGAUUGCUGCAGUCCAUAAUCAAGUUCUAGUGUAAAUAAUUAAAUUGCAUUUCAUAAGAAAGAUUUUAUUUUAUUUUUUU